AUGGCAGCUUUGCUAGGAGGACGGAUCGAGAGCUUGCCUGAGCCACGCAUACACUACUACCCAAUCAGGUCGCAUGCAUCUGACAGGUGGAUGAACGCGUUCGCACUCAUGGGCACGAGCAAGAUCCUCUGCUCCGACGCCGGCGGCUGGGCCGCCAUGUACAACGCCGAGGCACACUCCUUCCUGGGCUUGCCUGAGCUGAAAUCGGCCAAGGGGCCUAGGUAUGUUGCCGCCUCCAUCCCCCUGUUAACAUGGAAUGUUACACCCCGGACCGCCACGGCCGACUUCGAGAUCCACCCGGACGUGGACUCCGCCAUGUUCGGCGGCAGGCUGCGCGGCGACCACACCGACAGCCUCUACAUGAUGGACAUGGUCCCCGGCGAGGCGUGCAGCUUCGAGGUGCUCGCCUGCUACCCCGGGAGCCGCUGGCGCUGGCGCCCUCUCCCACUGCCGCCGUUCCUCGACGACCCAAAUUACAGGACCCCGGACGGCAUCUCCUUCGCCGUGGUCGGCGACGGCGCCAGCACCAUCUGCGUGUCAUCCGACAGAGCGACCUACUGCUUCGACACGGUGGCGAUGCGGUGGAGCAAGGCGGGCGACUAGGUGCUCCCCUUCCGCUCCAGGCUGGAGCACGACG